UUGAAAUAAUAUUCAUUGAGAAUUAUGAGAAUUUAAUUUUAAAGUAGCAGAGGACUACUAGGAACUAUUUUGGCACUGUACUAAAAUAAUAGAAGAGCCGGGCCAUGCUUGCGAUAGAAAAGAUGCUUGAGAAGGACGCACACCUCAUUGAAAACAGGUUGCGUUGCGGAGAAUGCAAUAAUUGAAAUGGUUGGGAAAGAAAGCGCCAUUUUACAGAAACCUACUGAAGUUGCAAAUCUUUAUCUUUUUAAAACGAAAUUCUCCAGCAAAUGGAGAGGGGGGAUCAAAACUCUCAGUAGAUUGCCAUUCCGUGCAAGCUUUUGCAAGGGGAAAGGUAGGGAGCUCACUUCCUAUGCUCCAAAGAAAUAAGAGAUGGAGGAGACUCAUUACACGGCUCUCUUACUCUCAGGAGGCCAAGAGCAAGGAAACCAGAACCUCCCAAAAGAGUUGAUGCCUCCUCCCUCCAAAUUCAAACAAUGGCAAUGGUGGCUACUUGUUUUCCUCAACAUCAUCUUCGUCCUUGUCGGUCAGACCGUUUCUACUCUACUCAACCGCUUCUACUACGACAAAGGAGGAAACAGCAAAUGGCUUUCCACCCUUGUCCAAACAGCUGCCUUUCCUCUCCUCCUCCUCCCUCUAGUCUUCCUUCCCACGACCUGGUUCUCGAAAUGCAGUUAUACCCAUCUUUGGUUGGCACUUUUGCUUCGCUCAUCGGGCUUUAUGCCGGCGGUGAGUGGGGUGAAUUGGGUGGCGAGUAUGAAGAGUUUAGCAAAGGGAAGGCUUCCUAUGUGAUGACUGUGGUGGGCAUUGCAGUGGCACGUCAGGUUUCUUCUGUUGGUGUCGUCAGCUUGAUCUUCAUAGUUUCUUCGCUGUUCUCGAACGCCAUUAGCACCCUUGCUCUACCUCUCAUUCCGGUGUUCGCUGUCAUCUUCUUCAAGGAUAAGAUGAAUGGGGUGAAGGUUUUGGCCAUGUUGCUUGCCAUUUGGGGGUUUUUAUCUUAUCUUUAUCAGAACUAUUUGGAUGAUUUAGAGCCUGGGAGGUCACUGAAGGAUGGAAGUGAAACAGCUGAUUCUUUGCUUCUUGAUGCUGAAACCGCUUCAGAUGUGGCAGGCACUUAAUCAGAAUGGAGAAAUCCAGAUUCUGCAGUGAAGUCAAUCAAAUGAACUAUUAGAUU